AUGUUUGACCCUGGGGUGUCUGCAACCAGUCUAGUGAUGUGCAUGGCCCAGCUUCAGGCCACCACCGAAGACAAGCUCACCUAUACUCAUCAUGAACCAAUUGGUGUCGUCGGUCAAAUCAUCCCAUGGAAUUUCCCAUUGCUCAUGAUGGCAUGGAAACUUCACCUUAUUAACGAGGCUGGCUUCCCACCCAGGGUGGUUAAUGUCAUCUCUGGUUACGGAAACACUGUCGGUAAUGCCAUCUCCUCGCAUAUGAGGAUAGAGAAGGUCGUCUUCACUGGCUCAACCCUUGUUGGUCGCAAGAUAAUGGAGGCCGCUGCAAAGAGCAACCUCAAAAAUGUCACCCUUGAGCUCAGUGGAAAGAGCCCAAACAUCAUCUUUGACGAUGCAGACCUUGAACAAGCCGUCAACUGGGCUGCAUUUGGUAUCUUCUGGAACCACGGUCAGACGUGUUGUGCAGGUUUGCGUAUCUUCGUGCAAGAAGGCAUCUAUGACGAAUUCCUCAAGCACUUCAUGGAGAAAACUCGGUACGUGCAAAUAACAGCCUCGCGCGUCAAGGAAAGUGCUUUUAGCAAGGAAUGCGAGCUCUACCAAUCGAUAGACAUCAUGCACCCGGUCACAGGUGAACACAACAGCAUGCUCAUCCUCGCGCACAUCAAGUACUUCCAUGUGCGCAAAGACAUGCUCACGGGCAGAUGCACGAUACCAGCAUCCAUGCCUACACGGUUCAUGAAGUUCUUUUAG